AUGGCACUGGCACAAGCAAUACAGCCUUCGGCUCAAGAGAAGCCGGUGGUUAUAGGAUUAUACGGGGUUUCUAGCUCUAGGAAGACUACCCUGCUGAAUCAACUGAAGAGGACCCUCAAGGAUGAGGAUUUCAUGUUUUACGAAGGUUCACAGGUUAUCGAUGAAGUAACCCCGGGAGGCCUCGCCCAGUUCAAAGGAUGGAGCAGAGAACGACAGAUAACCUCACGGAAAGCGGCAAUUGACUCGAUCCGGACGGCGUGCAUCCAAAACAAGAAGGCGGCUAUUGUCUCUGGCCAUUUCAGUUUCUUCGAAGAUGACGGCAAAGUUGGGUCCCCCGUGAUUACUAGAGAUGACCUUGUCACAUACACACACAUCCUAUACUUGAAUGUUCCGACUGAAAUAUUAAUUGAGCGCCGUGCCCACGAUUCGACCAGGGAUCGCCCUUCUAUCAGCACGAAGGGUCUGCACAAGUGGCAGGAGAUGGAAAUAUCACAGCUCCGUCCACUUUGUUUGGAAUAUGGUGCCUCAUUGGAAGAUAUUUUCAGCAGCAAAUUAGGGUAUUCAUACGCUGCUUUCUGCCAAGCCGGAUUGCUUUAUGAAGAGUCGGGCGAUGACCAGGAGUUUGAUAGGAUUUGCAGCGAAGUGGUUGCGGGGGUAUCCAUGUAUCCUGAAUUUGUUUGUCUACUCCACCGUGUAGCGGAACAAGAGCAUGUUCGAGCUGUUGUCAUUACAUGUGGCAUAAAACGUGUGUGGGAAAAGGUGAUGGAGAAAGAAAGGCUGUCCGGCAUUGUGAAAAUAAUUGGGAGUGGCCGGAUUGCUGAUGGCCCAGUCAUUACGGGGCAUGUGAAAGGGGAAUUGGUCAGCUAUUUGCAAAGCAAGUACCAUAUGAAGGUCUGGGCAUUUGGUGACAGUCCGCUAGGCAUAGAUAUGCUGAAGGUUGCAGACAGAAGCAUCGUUGUGGUUGGGCCAGAGGCAACCAGGGGUAGGUCCAUGGGUGCUACCUUGGUUGAGGCUAUCGAGUGCGGCGGAGUCCGCCUGAAGCAAGUUGCUUUACCUCCCACCACACCAAUGCGGCUUGAUUUCAAGAGACUUCCUUCAUUGGAUAUUACCGGCGUGGACUUCAUGGACUUUGUCCAUUUCCUUCGCCGCCCUCCAUUCAGCUAA